AUGGGGUUGCCCCAGAUCCUCCUAACCCUUUCCUGCCUGUGCCUUGGCCUGAGUUCUGGCCAGUACGCUCCGGACCUCAUCACUUCCUUGCCGGGCCUCUCUACUCAGCUCAACUUCCUACAAUGGUCCGGCUACCUCCAGGCUGGUGAGGGCAAAUACUUCCACUACUGGUUUGUGGAAUCCCAGCGGAACCCCGCAUCGGACCCCUUGGUGCUCUGGCUGAAUGGCGGUCCUGGCUGUAGCUCCAUGGAGGGAAUUCUGGCAGAGAAUGGGCCCUACAGGAUGAACGCUGAUGGGUCCCUCUACAGGAACUCAUACAGCUGGAACCUGGUGGCCAAUGUCUUGUACCUGGAGUCCCCUGCUGGCGUGGGCUACUCCUACUCCCUCAGUCGCAACUACCAGAUCGAUGACCAGCAGGUGGCUGCUGACAACUACCAGGCACUGCAGAGCUUUUUUGAAAAGUUCCCCACUUUUGCCAACCAUGACUUCUACAUCUUCGGUGAAAGCUACGGGGGUGUGUACAUCCCCUCCCUGAGUGCACAGAUUGUCCAGGGUACAUCGUCCAUUAAGUUCAAGGGCUUCGGAGUGGGAAACGGACUGAGCAGCUACCAGCUAAACGACGAUACUCUGAUAGAAUUUGGUUACUACCAUGGCCUCUUUGGUGACAACCUCUGGGCAUCCCUCAAAACCUACUGCUGCUCUGAGGGCACCUGCAACUUCUUCAACAACACGGACAACAACUGCUUAAAUGCGGUCUCAGAAGCUUAUGACAUGAUUGAGGAUACUGGCCUCAACAUCUACAACCUCUACUCGUCCUGCUGGGGGGCAAAGAGCUACCAGGGGCGUUAUGCUGCUGACAUGAGCAACCUCUUCCGAACAUACCAGCUGAAUGUGGCCACCCCACCUCCGGAUGGUCCCAUCCCUGGAGUGCCUGAGUGCAUCAAUGCUACUGCCAUGUAUGUGUGGAUGAACCGGGACGACGUGCGGAGGGCCCUCCACAUCCCUGACUCCCUCCCUGUCUGGGAACUGUGCAGCCCCCAGGUUACCUCUGAGUACCAGAGGCAGUACACAGACAUGGCCCCUUUCUACCUGGAGCUGCUGCAGCAUGACCUCCGCGUCCUCGUCUACAACGGGGACAUCGACAUGGCUUGCAACUUCCUGGGUGGGGAGAAGUUUGUGGAGGCCCUGAAGCAGCCGAUGGUGAGCUCCUACCAACCCUGGUACUUGAACAACCAGGUGGCUGGCUUCUUUAAAGAAUACGAGAAGAUCUCAUUCCUCACAGUCAAGGGCUCAGGACACAUGGUGCCCCAGUAUCGACCUGCUCAGGCUCUGAAGAUGUUUGAGAGCUUCUUGAGUAACACCUCCUUCUUGUGA